CCGCGGCGGCUCGGUGGUGACGGUGGCGGUAGCUGUUUGCCGGGCUUGGUGGCCUCGGGACGCUCAGGGUGUCCUUGCUGGGCUGGGCAGGAAAGAGCCUUGAGGGUCGGACACCACCGCAAAGGCAGGGGCCCGGCACCCGGGGCUCCCCUCAGUGUGCAGUGAACGGGCUGGUGAGCUGGGUGACCGGCGGGGCCGCCGCCGCGAGUUGUGUGGCAGGCCAGGUUCUCAGAGAUCUUCCGGAAGAGGAGCCUCCCUCUCUCCGGUGAGGGGACCAUCCAUGCCUCUCCUAACCCAGCACGUUGAGCACGAGGACGAACCGUACUGCUUGGUGGCCAGCCUUGACAACGUUAGGAAUCUGUCCACUGUCUUGAAAGCCAUUCAUUUCAAAGAUCACGCUACGUGUUUCGCUACUAAAAAUGGAAUCAAGGUUACAGUGGAAAAUGCAAAGUGUGUGCAAGCAAAUGCCUUUAUUCAGGCUGAAGUGUUUCAAGAAUUUAUCAUUCAAGAGGACUCUGUUACGUUUCGAAUUAACUUAACUAUCCUUUUAGACUGUUUAUCUAUUUUUGGAUCAAGUCCUACACCAGGGACUUUAACUGCACUUCGGAUGUGUUACCAAGGUUAUGGUCACCCUUUGAUGCUGUUUCUAGAAGAAGGGGGAGUGGUGACAGUCUGCAAGAUUAACACUCAGGAACCUGAAGACACUCUGGAUUUUGAUUUCUGUAGCACCAAUGUUAUGAGUAAAAUUAUCCUGCAGUCAGAGGGGCUCCGUGAAGCAUUUUCUGAGUUGGACAUGACAAGUGAUGUCUUACAGAUUACCGUGUCCCCCAACAAACCCUAUUUCAGGUUAUCUACUUUUGGAAAUGCAGGAAGCUCCCACCUUGACUAUCCUAAAGAUUCUGACUUGAUGGAAGCAUUUCACUGUAAUGAGACCCAGAUCAACAGAUACAAACUUUCUUUACUGAAACCCUCUACAAAGGCAUUAGCUUUAUCUUGUAAAGUGUCUAUUCGGACAGAUAAUCGAGGAUUCCUCUCAUUACAGUACAUGAUUAGAAAUGAAGAUGGGCAAAUAUGUUUUGUGGAAUAUUACUGCUGCCCCGAUGAAGAAGUUCCUGAGUCUUGAAUAAUUCACUGUGAAUAUUUGUAUUUAUAGUUGUGUUCUCACUCUGCGUAAUCUUCAUGAUUUCAUAUAAGAUAUAUGUGUAUUGAGAUGCAGGGAGAAGACAGGAGUAGGGUCCCAUUUUCUAAAUAGUUUUAUUUUGUGAAUAAAUAUUUUCAUAUAGCCAUAAA